UUCCCUGCCUUGCUUUUCUAUAACACAUUCUUGCCCCCCUUCCCCUCCCAACUUUUCUUUAGGCUAUAAAUCCAGGAUUUACACAUCAUGUCUGUUCCUUGGCUUGGGGUAUGUUAGUGGGCAGGAGCAGUGUGGGUGGGAGGUGUACAGCUAAAGGCCUGCAAAGGAGACUGAAAGAAGCAGCUUCAAAAGAAAACAGAAAGUUCUAUACACAAAGCAACAGAAGUGUCAGCUCAGGAAUCACAGAACAACAUGAAGCUUUCUCAGGCCUCCUCAUUUCUGCCCAUCUCUAUGUUCCUCCUUUUACUUCUUCAGCUGCCAACAUUGCAAGGACAGGCCAUCAACUCAGCUCAGCAAUCUCAACCCUGUGGAGAAGAUUCAUUUCCACUUGACUGUGAGGAUAUAUACGAUCAAGGUUCAGAGACAGAUGGCGUGUACCUCAUUUUUCCAGCAGGACCCAAUGUCCCUGUCCCCGUAUACUGUGACAUGACCACUGAUGAUGGAAAAUGGACGGUUUUCCAGAAACGUUUCAAUGGGUCAAUCAGUUUCUUUCGGGGCUGGAAUGACUACAGGUUUGGCUUUGGCAAAGCAGAUGGUGAAUAUUGGCUUGGACUGCAAAAUAUCCAUCUUCUCACUCUGAAGCAGAAGUAUGAGCUACGUGUGGAACUGGACGACUUUGAGAAUAAUACUGCCUUUGCUAAAUAUGCUGACUUCUCCCUUUCCCCAAGUGCAAUCAGUGCAGAAGAGGAUGGCUACACGCUCCAUGUAUCUGGCUUUACUGAUGGAGGGGCAGGUGAUUCACUGUCCUAUCAUAGUGGCCAGAAGUUCUCCACAUUUGACCGUGACCAAGAUCUCUAUGUGCAGAACUGUGCAGCUCUCUCAUCAGGUGCCUGGUGGUUCAAGAGCUGCCAUUUUUCCAACCUCAAUGGCUUCUACCUUGGUGGACCACAUCUGUCCUAUGCCAAUGGCAUUAAUUGGUACCAGUGGAAAGGCUUCUACUAUUCUCUCAAGAGAAGUGAGAUGAAAAUACGUCGUGUUUGAGAUCCGAGGCAGCUGGUGGCUUUUCCCAUUCUUCUACUCUAGUGGCCAUUUGAGUCUUGAUGUAGACUGAAUUCCCAAUUAUUAAUGUGUUUCAUCACUUUGACUCUGUUUUUCUACCUUUAGCAUGCAGCCUGCACCAAAUUAUUCCUCAGAGAACACAACUCUCAAUAAAGAUACCCAUUUCUCAUUACUGAGAUCAAACACAACUAGAUAAUUGCCAGUGCCCUAUACUACAAUCCUACUAAUCAUCACAAUUAUGGUAGCCACCAACCUUCCUGCUCUCCCAGGAAACCUAGGUUUGUUUCACCAACAUCAGUAUGAUUGAUCAUGGGUCCUGCCCGCCAUUUCAAUGUUCCAAAUCAAAAAUUGCAUUGGGAACAAACCAGAAAUAAACCCCAUCUCUUCUAGCUCCUCUUCAGCAUUCAGCAGAAAAGAAAAAAUGGAGGAGGUUAUAAGGGUUACGGUAGUGUUCCAGGCAAAUCUGCCUGCCUCAAUUAAUAAAAUAAGGUAAAGUGUAUUGGCAGAACUGGAAGAAUGGCUCAUCUAAGCCAGGUUCCUGCUUUAUUCCCAUCCCAAUCCUCCAACAAAGGAUUUAUAAUAUUCAAAGCUACAGGGACCAAAGGAUUUAGGACAGAACUCAGAAAACAUUUAAGAAUGAUCAGAGUAGACACAUCCAGUUGGAAGUUUCUGGCAGAUAGGAACAAGUAUUGUAAGGUUCAGGGAAAAGGUUCCAAAGGUGAUAGCAAUUAUCUUGCUUUUAAAAAUAAAAUAAAAUGAAAUGAAA